AUUCAAGGCCAACCGAAUCCGCUCUCUCGAUCCCGUUAUCUUCCACGCCUUGUCAGUUGUCGCCUCCUCCCCUUCCCAUCCCGCUGCUCGGCAGUCAGCAGUCUUCCCCCGCACGCCUCCGCCUCCGCCUCCCCCGGCCUCCGAUCUCUAGGGCAAGGCGAAGAUGGCGGCUCCGGUGGUGGACGCCGAGUACCUGCGCCAGGUCGACAGGGCGCGCCGCCAGCUCCGCGCCCUCAUCUCCAACAAGGGAUGCGCCCCAAUCAUGCUCCGCCUCGCAUGGCAUGAUGCUGGAACUUAUGAUGUGAACACAAAAACUGGUGGCGCAAAUGGUUCAAUUAGAUUUGAGGAAGAGUACACUCAUGGUUCCAAUGCUGGUUUAAAGAUUGCUAUCGAUCUCCUUGAGCCUAUCAAAGCCAAGAACCCGAAGAUAACGUACGCAGACCUUUAUCAGCUUGCUGGAGUGGUUGCAGUUGAAGUGACUGGGGGGCCAACUGUUGAGUUCGUUCCCGGCAGACGUGAUUCGUCAGUGUGCCCCCGUGAAGGGCGUCUACCGGAUGCGAAGAAAGGUGCACCACAUCUGAGGGAUAUCUUCUAUCGGAUGGGCUUAACAGACAAAGAUAUUGUAGCUCUAUCUGGAGGUCACACUCUGGGAAAGGCUCAUCCUGAGAGGUCUGGAUUCGAAGGUGCCUGGACACAAGAGCCUCUUAAGUUUGAUAACACAUACUUUCUUGAGAUGUUGAAGGGGGAAUCUGAGGGGCUUUUGCAGCUCCCUACUGACAAGGCACUGUUGUCGGAUCCUGAAUUUAGGCGCUAUGUUGAGCUUUAUGCAAAGGAUGAAGAAGCCUUCUUCAAAGACUACGCUGAAUCACACAAAAAACUCUCUGAGCUUGGCUUUGCUCCUCGCAGCGCAUCUGCAAAAACAGAUCUUCCAACCGGUGUUGUGCUUGCACAGGGUGCCUUUGGGGUAGCAGUUGCUGCAGCUGUAGUUAUUGCAGGCUACUUGUAUGAGGCUUCCAAGAAGGCCAAGUAGAUUGGAAGGCUCUUCUUGCCUUGUUAGUCGCGGGGCUUCGCUCAGUAAGUAAAAAUGAAGAUUGAAUAACAGGAUCCUAGUAACGAGGGAGGAGGGACUGCAGCAUUAUCUCGGAAAAUAUUUCGAUUUUCUUACGGACAGAACAUUCCGUUCAUGUGUUAGACCAUAAACAUGAAUCAUGAAUAUUUCAGCGAUACAGAUAUGGCAUAGCCUACUAUUGAAAUUACUUGCAAAUCCGUGUGUAAUCUAUGCUUUGAUC